GGCCACUGAUCAAAAGCCAAUCUAUGACUGUGAGGAGAUGGAUUUAAAUGUGCAGUAGCCCUCCUAAUCAUAUUUAUACAUCAGCGGGUUACAGGGAGAUUUGGUUUGCACUGUUUAGCAUACCGGCAGCAACAGGGGGUGUUAGAAAUCAACCGUGCCGUCGUCGUCGCUGUCUGUGGCGUCGAUGUCUAUGAUGCUGGUAUUGUUGGUGAUGCGAGCGCGGGAGUUUGUUAUGAUAUCAACCGGGAAAAAAUUACUCUGCAUGCGCAGUCAUAGUUCGAUCGCCGUUGAGUCAAGUUGUAGGUAGCCCAGCUCAGUAGCAGAGUGGGGGACUAUUCAAGUGACGGGUUUGAUCAAGCAGCAAAAAAUAGUGACCUUGUGCUUUGAUUGUCCAAAAAGGAUACGCGGAAGCGGACUGUGUCGUGAUUAGUUGGCUGUUGAAAGACAUUCACACUGUUUACGGAGCUACGAUAAUCACAACAAAAUGAGAACACACGUCAGCCCAGAUGGAUCUUACGUUAACGAUGGGAUGAACUGUUCGUCUUUAGACAUAACAAUACCAAAUGGAGAGCCCCAUGGUGGUCUGACCGGAUCCAAUGAAUUCAUAUUGUCACCAAGCGGUCAGAAAAUUUCCUCGGAUAGCCGCCUCGAAGGUGUUAAUCAAUGGUGCCAACGCAAAGCUAGAAGUGCCUGUUCUAGAAAGAUGUUGUUGAAACGGCUACCCAUUUUACGGUGGUUACCAAAGUACAAUGGAUCGGAUGCUGUGGGUGAUCUAGUAGCGGGAAUAACCGUUGGUCUAACUGUGAUUCCUCAAGCACUUGCCUAUUCUGGUAUUGCUGGGCUUCCCGCUGCGUAUGGUCUUUAUGGUUCCUUUCUUGGCUGCAUCGUGUACAUAUUCCUCGGUAGUUGUAAAGAUGUACCUAUGGGUCCAACAGCCAUUUCUGCGCUUCUUACUUAUCAAACUGCGCGCGGAAAUGUAUCUAAAGCUAUCAUUUUAUGCUUCCUUUCGGGAAUAAUUGAACUAGUGAUGGGUGUCUUUGGAUUGGGAUUUCUAGUGGAUUUUGUAUCCGGACCUGUGUCGUCGGGAUUCACGUCUGCGGUAUCGCUGAUCAUCGUAACAUCCCAAAUUAAAGAUGUAUUGGGAAUUUCGGCAAAAGGAACUACGUUCCUAGAGAUCUGGCAAUCAAUCUUUAAGGAUAUUCACAAUAUCCGUGCUUGGGACACGGUCCUUGGUAUCACCUGCAUUGCUGUACUGCUAAUUAUGAGAAUUGUAGCAGGACUGAAAGUAGGGCCUCACGAAGAUGACCUCAAAUCGAAGAAGCAUCGAAUUAUCAAUAAGUUUAUGUGGUUAAUCGGAACAUCACGCAAUGCCAUUCUAGUCGUAGUGUGUGGUGCCAUUGGAUACGUGUUCCAGUCAUCGGCUUCAGCGCCAUUCAAGCUAAUUGGAGAUAUUCCACCAGGUCUGCCAUCAUUUGAAGUUCCUCCGUUUUCACUCAAUGCCAAUCAAACUGCUAGUGGUAGAGAAGAAAGCUUCGCCGAAGUCGUUUCCAGUUUGGGGUCGGGGCUAAUUGUGGUGCCUUUGAUCUCUUUGAUGGAAAACAUUGCUAUUUGCAAAGCAUUCUCUAACGGCAAACCAGUUGACGCUACCCAGGAAUUGAUUGCCAUUGGAGUUGCCAAUAUUGCAAAUUCUUUUGCACAUGGUUUCCCAGGAACUGGAGCUCUUAGCCGUAGUGCCGUAUUCAACGCUUCUGGUGUUCGAACACCUUUAGCAAACAUCUACACCGGAGCCUUGGUGGUGCUUUCGCUUUUAUUCUUCACUCCAUACUUUUCAUACAUUCCAAAAGCAUCACUCGCUGCGAUUAUCAUAGCAGCAGUCGUCUUCAUGGUAGAGGUCAAAGUUGUCAAACCCAUGUGGCGAACAAAAAAGAGUGACUUGAUUCCUGGAUUAGGAACAUUUAUCGCCUGCCUAGCUCUACCACUAGAAAUUGGAAUUCUUCUAGGAGUUGGUCUUAAUGUGAUAUUCAUUCUGUACCAUGCAGCCAGGCCCAAGAUAAACGUUGAGCGAUUAACUAGUCCUGCUGGUACCGAGUAUCUGAUCAUCACUCCAGAUCGAUGCUUAAUUUUUCCAUCGGUGGACUACGUGCGGAAUUUAGUGACAAAGCAUUCCAUCCGCCAAUCACUUCCAGUUGUGAUAGAUUGCUCGCACGUCUAUGGAGCCGACUAUACCGCUGCAAUGGUUAUCGGAAGCAUUACCCAGGACUUUGCCAAACGUGAUCAGCCACUAUUCUUCUAUAACUUGAAACCAAGUGUGUGUGCAGUGUUUGAAGGACUAUCACCUGUCGACUUUGUGGUUUACUACCGAGAAGAAGAUCUAGAUGAGUUGAUGAUAGAAAAAGCAUACAAACCGAAACAGGUACUCAGUGCUUAGAAGUUGUACUAAAUUUUCAAUGGCGUACCAAUUCAGGAAUAAUCAUCAGUAUUACUGAAGGGGUUUCCAUCAAAGCAUAAAAGCAUGUCUUUACACAUGCCAAGAACACCCCUUUAACGAUGCAUGAAUAAUUACAUAACAAUCAAAUCAGCUCUAUGGCGUGGCAUUCAACUGCCAUCUUUCAUAAUUUAAAAAAGCUGUAAGAACUAUUUUCUGUUACAGGUAAAUUAAAACUAUAUUAGAUGCAUAUGUAUUUAUUACGUGCCUUUGGUACCAUAACAACAAAUAUAAGCUUUUUAUCUGACUAAGCACUUUGUUCUCGACGGUUGGAUAUCAAGUGAAGCGUGCCUUCUCUGAACCAACACCCCAUCACUUACCGCAUGGAUAAAUAGACGAGUGCACCUGCUAGUAGAUAGGAACAUGAGUUAAAUUUUAUUCACGAAUAUGACCAAAUUGCUAUGCGCCUUUUAAGAACCACUGCUUGUUUUCAGAAUCCUCAAAAUUAUUGAACUGCAAUUGUCAAGCCAUAAAAGAAUGUGAAGUAUUGUUUUUAAUAUUUUAAGUUUUUGUUAGUAAAAUUUUAGCCAACUAACUAGAUGAAUGAAAGUUAAAUUCUUCAUUCGGAUGCCACUUCUCGUUUAGGAUGAUAUUGUACUAUGAUACUUUAAAAUAUUCUAUAAAUAAAACUGUGAUAAGGCUAUAAUUUAUUCAAAUA